UACAGUUCAACUCUGUUGUAAAGCUUAAUAAUAAGCAUGGCAAACCAGAGUAAACUAUGGUGAAUGCAUAGUACUGUAUAAUCAUGGUAACAGCAUGGUAAAACUGCAAAAAAAUACUGUGGUAAACAUUUAUAAGGGCUUUGAUUCAAGACAUUUCAUUUAUAUAAAACCACUCAGAAUCAGAAAGAUGGAGAUACUGGGCUGCUGUUUUGAAAUUACUAUCAGAUGAGACAUCCUGAGCUUCGUAGCCCCUGAAAAGGGAAACAGUUUUUAAAUACACGUCUUUAAUCAUGGCAUGGGUUCUGUCACCGGUUUAUUUUCAUGACGAUUUGGAAUAAAGUGCUGAAGCAGGUGGGACAACGCAUAUGGUAAAUUUGUGUAAAUUGCUUAUUGGUACCAUUUCUAGUCAGCCCCUGAGCUGUCGUGCUAUUAAAAGUGUUUGGCUGUACUUAUUCUGUGUUAGAUGAAUUUGAUGCAUAAGACCACCACAUCCUUCAGCCCCCAUGCCUGACCCUGCCAUGGUUUCUACUCUAUGACGAAAUCAUGCUACACUGUAGCAGAAACCUAGAGUAUCAGUCAUUGUGGUCAGUGUUUCUGAUACAUCAGGGUAGGCAGCGAGAGACACUUGUUGGUCGUCCAAACACAAACACAGACAUGGAGCUUCUUCUCCUUCUCUUGGUUGUACCUGCACCUACAGGUGCUCCCAGACUGUCAGUCACAAGUCACUUGAUAACGGGGAAUGAAGGAGGAUCAGUCAGUUUCCAGUGUCACUAUGAUCGGUACUACGACACUAAUGUGAAAUACUGGUGCAGAGGGUACGUGUGGAGCUCCUGUAAGGAGAUUCAAAGAUCUAGUGAGAAGCACAGGGAUGAAGAUAAAGUAUCAAUCAGUGAUGAUCGAACCCAGGGAAUAUUCACUGUGACUGUGAGGAGACUGGAGAAGAAGGAUGCAGACUGGUACUGGUGUGGAAUUGAGAGAGGAGGGACUGAUGAAGGAAUCCUGCUGAACCUCCAAGUUGCUGAUGCAUUGAGAUCCACAACAACAACCUGCCAACCAACCACUGAGCAAACUUCAACAAGCGACCCAACCAGCACAGAAGCUCAACAGCCUGAAUCAACAUCGCCCCUUGCUGGCACAAAUGACAAUAGCCAUAGCCAGGGGAGGAUCCCAAAAAAUGGAGAGGAGUCCCCUGCCUGGGAGUUCUGGACUGUGUGGGUUGUUCUCCGCUGGCUCCUGUGUGCAGCUCUGCUCGGCUCUGCAGCUCUGGUGCCAUGGGGCUUUCACAGCCAGCAGCAGAGGGUCUCAGCCACAGUGGCAGCCAGGCAGAUCCGCCCCCUACUGCACUGA